GGGCGGGCGGGGUGGCGUCGGCCGCCCCCUCGGCCUCUGCGCACUCGGCCGCCAGCAUGAGCCAGCUCGGGACGGUGUACGCCACCAAGCGGCGACGAAGAAACGGCAAGAGUUUAAAACCACCACCCAAAGAUGGCGUUACGAAAAGCAACCCCAGCAAACGGCACCGCGAAAGACUGAACGCCGAGCUGGACACCUUAGCCAACCUCCUACCAUUCGAACAAAAUAUUCUAUCAAAAUUGGACCGGCUAUCAAUUCUACGGCUAUCCGUCUCCUACCUCCGAACAAAGAGUUAUUUUCAAGUUACUAUGCACAAAGACAAGGAAGAUCCCCACUACAGAAGUCGAGGGGAAUUAACGGCGUACGACCACACCCCUCUGGACGGUGAUAUGUUCCUGCAGGCGUUAAACGGCUUCCUCCUCAUUCUCACCUGCGAGGGAGAAGUGUUCUUCGCCACCCACAGCAUUGAAAGUUACCUCGGCUUCCACCAGUCGGACAUUGUCCACCAGAGCGUGUACGAGCUGGUGCACUCGGAGGACCGCGAGGAGCUGCAGCGGCAACUGCUGUGGAACUCGUUCCUGCCCCCGGAGUCUUCGGGCGUGAGCCUCACGGAGGCGCUGCAGCCCGACAACUCCCACCUCCUGGAGCGCUCCUUCACCGUGCGCUUCCGAUGCCUGCUCGACAACACCUCGGGCUUCCUCAGACUGGACAUCCGCGGCCGGGUCAAGGUCCUCCACGGCCAGAACCGCAAGACGGAGGAGCCGCCCCUGGCACUGUUCGCGCUCUGCACGCCGUUCGGGCCGCCUUCGCUGCUCGAGGUGCCGCAGAAGGAAGUCAUGUUCAAGAGCAAGCACAAGCUCGACCUCACCCUAGUCUCCAUGGACCAACGUGGCAAGAUGCUCCUCGGCUACUCCGACUCGGAGCUGGCCAACAUGGGCGGCUACGACAUGGUGCACUACGACGACCUCGCCUACGUCGCUAGCGCACACCAAGAAUUGUUAAAAACGGGUGCCUCGGGGAUGAUCGCGUACCGAGUGCAGGGCAAGGACGCGACCUGGCAGUGGUUGCAGACCUCGUCGCGGCUAGUCUACAAGAACUCCAAGCCCGACUUCGUCAUCAGCACGCACCGGCCCCUCAUGGAGGAGGAGGGCCGCGACCUGCUGGGCAAGCGGACGAUGGACUUCAAGGUGUCGUACUUGGACGCGGGGCUCAACAGCAACUACUUCACCGACUCGGACCAGCUGGUGGGGCUGUCGCCGGGCGGCUCGGGCAGCUCGCCGGCGUCGUCGUCCUCCACGACGCCCACCCAGAGGGUGUCGCGGCGCUACAAGACGCAGCUCCGGGACUUCCUGUCGACGUGCCGCACCAAGCGCAAGCUGUCCACCAACGCGGCCAACGCGGCCGGCGGCGGCACCGGCCAGGUGACGGGCUCCGUGGACUACGUGGACUCGACCGCCGCCGCCGUCGCCGCCGCCGCCGCCUACUCCAACCUGAACCCGCUGUACUCGACGGCCUACCCGACGACGGGGGCCACGGACAACGGGCUGUCGUACAUGAGCCACUCCAACUACCAGCCGCUCUACGACAACCACAACCUGUUCCAGUACCGGGCGCUGGGCCCGUACUACCCGGCCGUGCCCGAGUACCACUCGUCGUCGCCGUACGCCGUGUCCAACGGCUUCUCCGUGAGCCUGCCCACGGUGCCCACGUACGCCGACCACCCCCAGCUGCCAACGCGCGUGCCGUCCGUGGGCCCCGUGGGUCCCGGCGUGGACUGCGACAAGCUGUACGACCACCACGACGCGCGCGCCUUCUCCAAGUGCCUGGACCUGGACCCGUCGCGGACUUACGACUCGUCGCGCCUGUACGCCAGCACCGUCCCCGUCCCCGUGAGCGGGGGCUCCUCCGCCCUGCAGGACCAGCCGCCGCCCAAGAAGGUGGUCGUCAAGGAGUCCCACUCGACGGGGCCCUCGCCGUCACCGGGGCCGUCCCCCGCGACGCACGUCAACGGCGUGGUCACGCCCAAGAUGGAGUCGUCGGACCUCAAGCCGGAGGCCAGCAGUCCCUACCGACAGACAGUUCUCAUGUGGGGCUCCGCGCCCGCCCCCGCGUCCCCCUCGCCCCACUCCAACAGCCCCGUCGGCAGCCAAGGCGCGUCGGCACCCAACGGCGGCACCCCGGGCAACCCGCUCAAGUCCCUGGCCGAGAUGAACAGUGCGCCGGUGCCUUCCCUGCCUUCCCCGCCGCUGCCUCCACAAAGCACCCCCUCGUCCCCCCUCGCCCUCAAGGCGUACCAGUACAGCGGGUACGCCGGGGACAGUGCGGGAGUGGUGGGCGCUGGCGAGGUAUGGCACCACGCACAAUACUACCACCCCUACCAACACCACAACCCCCACCCACCCCCAAGCGACACCUCCGCCUACCCGCAGAUAAGCCGGCCGGGAGUCCUCUGCUGUCCAUCUCUGAGGUGACCAACACCUUGCUCAACCAGUAGCCCCGAAUGGCCUCUCGGCCCGUGAAGGCAGAGGACGGGGUGCAGCCCCGACGCCGCGACGCCGCGACGCCGCGACGCCGCGACGACGCCCUGUCCUCCAUCGUCCAGGCCGAGGCCCAGGCCGAGACCCAGGCCCAAGCCGCCCUCUCUGGCGCUGGGGCUGAGCUGUGACGGAGCCGCACCGAGUGUCACCAGCCCUCCCCUAAUUAUUUUUUAUUACUACUUCGUCUUCUUCCUCUUAAUGAUUGUUUUUAUAUUAAAUAGGUAAUAUAAUUUAAUGUUAAAGUAAUCCAUAUGUGCAAUGUCGCGAAUCGUCCUAGUUACCAAUACGUCAGGAGCAACCACGGUGGUUUAAGCCCCAAGGCCGGGCUUAAGCGCUCUCCGCGGACACCGUGGGCAAGCCUCGGCAAGCCUGCGACGGGGUGGAGGGGGAAGGCCUGGGAACGGGGACAGGCGGACACGGCCGCACCAGCAGAAUGACUCCUGCUCUCUCUCUCUCUUGCACAUGCGGCGUUCCGCAUCGGUGCGAGAGAGACAGACCGACGGCCGCACUGCGCGGGAUCGCUCCUCAGCACCCGCAGUGGCGUGGCAGAGGAGCAGGGGUGGCUUGCCCAUCUCCAGCGAGCUAGGCAAGAAGACUUGUUUGUGUCUUCGCCACUGCCGUCGCGCUGCGGUGGCGGAUCCAGAGGGGGGCAAAGUAGCACAUUUUGCUUUCUUACAGGGCAAAGUGUUGGUUUUGUCUACCUUUCAGGCGGCUGUCUAUUGGCCAAAGGGGGCGGCAAUUGUCCUGCCGGCCGCCACUCCCGCCCUCUCUGGAUCCGCGCCUGUCGCGCUCAACUGCUGGCCGGCCUGUUGGUGGCGCUGUUCCCCGGGAGGCUUCUCGAUCCACCCCGACGCUGCAUAGUGAAUAAUGAGUAAUGAAUGUCCGAACGCGGACCGAGUAUUUUCUGUUCCUUCGGCCUGCGGCAAGGCCUGCGGCCCGCGGCCUGUGCGGGGGCCAGUCGAGCGCUAGUCACUACUCCACGCACGCUCGGCGAGGACGCCCCCGCCGUCGCCCCCCAGACGUCGCCCCGACGCUCUGCAGCCCUGGUUUCCUGGACCCGCUGCCCUCGGAGCACCCCUGAGUCCGGAGCGACUGGGAGGGGAGGCGGAUCUUGGUGCCUUCGGGCGGAGAAGCGCGUCGAAAACAUUCCGGAGUUCGCCGUCCAUCCCCGCGUUCCCGAGGGAAGUCUAGGCACUAGACAGUGCAGACAGUCUGGGCAGUCUAUGCUGCAGCUUAGGCAGCAGCUUAGGCUGUCAAGGCAGUCCAGACAGCCUAGGCCGUCCCGGCAGCCAGGGGUGUGUGGACGGGCGGACGGACCGGACCGCAAGUGGCGCGGGUGCUCAAAGUACAGUCCUCCGUGGUUAGUACGCACUGCAGCCGCCAUUUCUGGGUAAAACUUUGUCUGCCAAAUCCACUGAGUUGAGCAACAGACUGACAGGGCCAUGACAUGAAAGAACAACGUAAAUAUCUCCAAAAUUAUGUUUUGUUUUACUGGUCAAUCUACUGUCUUCAAGUCCUCGAGUUCGUAAAUUUUUUUGUGCCCAGGGCGAAUUUAGAGCAUAGAUAUGAGAGAAUGUGUGUGUUUUAAUCUGCUGUGAAUUGGUUGCAACCCUCCUUGUUUUUUUGUUGUUUUUUCUUUGUACCUAUUUAAUAAGGAUUCCAUAAGUCGGAAAGUAUUACAACCUUUUAUUGCUAUGGUUCAUUAUUGUUUUUUUCUGUGAUAUGUCAAAAGUAUGAAUUAUAUUGAUAGACACAUUUAUUUAAUGCCUGUACAGUAUACAUAAUUUGUUGUCGUGUUCCUUGGUGUUGAAUUUCUUCCGAUAAACUAUAGUUGAUGCUUAUGA